UGAGCAGACACAUUCCUGGGGUCUUUCCGUGCUGUGGACCAUGCAACCCAGUGCAAAAGUGCACGGACCAGCAAAAAGGUUAAAACUCCGGCGUUCACUGACCCCCUCUAAUGCUGCCAUGUGAUGUCAAGUGCAUCGCUUCCGGGUUAGUGGUGAAGUCUUUUGCAAUGGUCCUCGGCGUGGUGUGGGAUCUCCCCGUGCUCUAAUGCGGACCCCCACCCCCUCCAGGCUUUCUGCAAUGAACUCCCCGGAGCGCUGCAGUUGCAUCGUCUCCGCUUCGUUGCGGAGCGGGGGCGAGGGGCUGCGGGUUGCAGGGGACGAGAGCCGGUUUCCCGGGACCUCAGCUGCAGAGCCUCAAUGGGACGGAUCUUGGGGCUGCAGUGGGCUCCUCCUCGACCGAAAGCGGGGCCUGGUCCUUUGCCACGGUCAGAUCUUCUUCCCCUUCCUCCGGCAGACAAAGCAAGAUCCCAGCCGCCAGCCACUCCUGCUUCCCGGGGCGUUUCACGCCCACCUGCAGAUCCACAUCCAGUUCCCUGGAGCCUGCAGCAACACCCAACCUAAACCUGUGUUGCCUUUGGCUUCCAACGAUGCAGGAGCACUGGAUCCCCAAUCAGAAUCUCGUAAUUUGGAUUACAGCCCUAAAUUGCCUUCAUUGACUGCUGGUCUGGUCAAGGCCCAAAGUUCCAGCCAAGCUGAGAUGCUGAUGGUGUUCCCAUGCCCAGAAUUUCGAGAUAUCUUUAAAUCCUUGUUUAGCAAAUCAGACAAAUGGCAUUUCUACAAUGAAGAUGAGGAACAGGAGCUCCAGGCUGACCCUCUGGAUCUGGUCUGGUUUGCCCUGCUGCGGUGCCCUGGUUGGGUAGCUGGUGAUGCCGUCGUUGGGGGAGAGACCCUCCGGUACGUGAGGAGCGAGUGUCUGAGGAAAGGCCAGCCGCUCUUCAGUUGUGCAUCUCCCUUUGCCUCAUUCUGCACCGAGAUCUUCAUGAACACGUUCAGUAAGGGGAUUGUGAGUAAUCUGGCAGGAGAGAGGAACGCGAUGAUUUUGACUGAUGCCCGUUGCUUACCAGGUACAGAAGGAGGUGGUGUGUACAUCAAAUCCCAAGAUCUGUACUAUCUAGCAGGUUUGAUCGUGGCACCUCUGUGCUGGAAAGCCAGUGAGUGGGUUGGACUGACCUUGGUGUGCUCUAUAACUUGCAUAUUGGAGACCAUUAGAAGAAUUCUGAAUGGAUUCGAGAUAUUCGGUCCCCCACCCCUGACUGCCCCAGGGAGUCACGCUCUAACUCAGCUGCUCGGCACUGUGGCCCUGCUGGAGUCUGACAGAGUUUGGGGAUCCGGUGUGGUUGUGGGCCCUAGACUGAUCAUCACGUGUAGACACGUGUUAGACCGAGCGCCAUCCGUCAGAGUGAAAAUACAGUCGGACUCAAACAGCUACCUUGUGUUAAAGGGAAGAGUGGUGUUUGCCACAAAGGAAGAUUCAGCCUACGAUGUGGCAGUGGUAGAACUGGAAGAAGAUCUCUCAUCCAUUGAAAUACCCACUAUUGCUUCUGAUUUUAAGAUGGGAGAGGACGUCUACAUCAUUGGCUACGGGGUUUUUGGCUGUACCUGUGGGCCCUCAGUGACAGCUGGGAUUCUGUCUGCUGUGAUCACUAUGGAGGACCAACCUGUAAUGCUCCAGACAACCUGUGCUGUUCACGCUGGGGCUAGUGGUGGGCCUGUCUUUAGAACCAAAACCGGAGAGUUACUGGGAAUUGUUUCCAGCAAUGCCCGAAACAACAACAGGGGAGCCACCUACCCCCACCUGAACUUCAGCUUUCCGAUCACAGUCCUGUGUCCUCUCCUGUCCGCCUACGACCAAACGAGGGAUGCCACGGUCUUUGAGGGACUGAACAAAGGCAAUGAACAUCUGCGUGCACUUUGGAGACUCCAGGGCAGAACUUCAACCCCUUGGAGGAGCAAACUGUAACUCUGGCAUUCCUGUUCAGUCCCUCAGUUAACAGCACCAGAAACAGAGGGGAGAUGGAUCCAGGAGAAAUGAAGCUGGUGGGAGUUUGGUUUUGACUCCAUUUGCCGUUAUCUGGAAUAUACUGAAGCUCAGUGGUAGCAGAUUAUCCUGUAUCUAAGGAACAUUGGAAUAAAUGGGAGGCAGUAA